AUGGCUACCGACAAGCAAGCAGACUCUCUCGCCACCAAGCUACAGCCCACUGGUAAGGCAGAGACAGAACAUGAUGAGACAAUAUACGCGGAGCCCAGCUUUCUUCAAUCCGUUUCCUAUGGCCCUGGUGGCAUCUCAGGUCUCGUCAGCUCCCCUUAUGUCUCCGGUGCGGCUGUCCUUGCAUCACUGGGCGGGUUCUCAAUGGGAUACGACAUGGGUGUGAUUUCACUCAUAAAUGUGAUGGAUCAGUUUCAUACGACGUAUCCAUUCGCAGCAACAUCCUUUGGUAAAGAAUUUAUGACAGCAAUGCUGUUGUUAGGUGCCUUUCUGGGCUGCAUCUUCAUGCCAUACGCGGCAGACCGAUACUCUCGAAAAUGGGCGUUGACCGCCGUGGUGGUGAUUUUUGAUAUUGGAGCAAUUAUUCAAACUGCAGCACCGAACUAUGGAGCAUCGGUCGCCGGAAGACUUAUCGGAGGGAUAGGUGUUGGAACGUUGGCAAUGGGCGCACCUCUUUACAUCUCAGAGAUCUCACCUCCAAAUAUCCGUGGAACGCUGCUCGUUCUCGAAUCAAUUUCCAUCACCUCUGGCGUGGUGAUAGCAUACUGGAUUACCUUUGGAUGUAGGAGCAUUGCCGGAGAAGGCGCGUUCCGAUUGCCAUUCGGGCUACAAAUGGUUACGGCGACUCUUCUGGGUGCAGGCAUUCACUUCUUCCCCUAUUCUCCUCGCUGGCUUGCACUUGUGAAUCGCUCGGAUGACUGCCUCAAAAGUCUAGAGAAACUACGCGGGUUGCCUAGCCACGAUGAGAGAGUGCAAGCAGAGUUCCACGGUAUUAUGGCCGAAGUUAGCUUCCAGAAACUCGCCCAGCAGAAGCGACACCCGGGUAUUGGCGGCAUCAAGCUUGAGCUUGCGCUGUGGGCGGAUCUUUUCAAGCGCAAGUCUUGGAGACGAACAGCCGUUGGAGUUGGCGUGGCCUUUUUCCAACAAUUCUCUGGUAUUAACGCGUUCAUUUAUUAUGCGCCUACUUUGUUUACUUCGCUGGGACAAACGAAUGAAAUGUCGUUGAUCUUGUCGGGUGUAUUCAAUAUCCUCCAGAUGGUCGCGGCAGUUAGCGCAGGCUGGGCCUGUGUAGCGAUGGCGUUCCUUUUCAUCCUUAUAUACGGUGUCUCGUACUCACCACUUGGAUGGGCUCUCCCUUCUGAAGUUUACUCCACUGCCACUCGAUCAAAAGGUGUUGCGCUCUCAACGUGCGUUAUCUGGCUUUGCGACUUUAUCAUUGGCAUCUCAGUUCCGAGUAUGAUGGACAGCAUCACUUAUGGCACGUAUAUAUUCUUUGCUGUGAUGUGUUUCCUAGCUGGCAUCUGGGCAUACUUUUUGGUCCCCGAGACAAGUGGAAAAACGCUAGAGGAGCUUGACGAGGUGUUUGGAGAUACCAGCGGACAAGAGGAGAGGGACCUCGUUGCGGAGGCCAUGUACGCUACGAGACGUGCUGCCGUCGAGACGACCGUCUAG